UAGCUUCAUUGCCAAGAAACCAACGUUAACAAGCAAUUGACAUCGAGUACUUCUAUUAGUUAAGCAAGUCCUUAUCAAUUUUUCACCAUGCCAAAAUCCAGUCUUACCAUGGACUAUCGACAGAAACGAGGAUGCCUUGGUGCUCUCGGGAUACACUGUGGAACCAAGAACAACCCAGCCAAAAGGCGGAGACGCAAAAGUAGGUCGUCGGGGACAUUUUUGUUUCUCGCGGUUGUGAUUGUGGUGUCCUCGGGGAUGCUUGUGUUCACUCAUAGGACAGCAGAAAAGCUAACCGCUCGUUUGCUGAAGGAAGAUGUGGACCCACUCUGGCAAAUGGCUAUGUCUCGCACCACACCCACCCGUUCGGACGAAGCGGUGGCCAAAAUGGUGGAGUGGGUUCGUUCCAGGGGUGGCUAUGUGAACCCCAAGAUCGAGUUUCGACGGUCCAAUCCAAGCGACCCAAAGUCACACUUUGGCAUUUUUGCCAAGGAAGAAGUCCAACCCAAAGAAAUCCUCCUCAACAUCCCCCCCAAUUGUGUCCUUGGCCUGGACUUGGUAAGCGAGGCUAAAAUUAGCUCAAAUGACGACGGUCGUUACUACGAUAGCAUGUGCCAGCUAUCUCACAAGCUCUUGGACGAACUGAAGCUCGGGCAAGAUUCGACCUUUGCUCCUUAUGUCCAAUAUCUGAAAGAACAAAGCUACGGGCAGCUUCCAGCCACAUACUCCCUCCCCGGACAGCAGCUCAUGGAGCAGAUCGUAGGGCAAGCAGGAGAAAGUUCAACCUUGUCAAAAGGAAACUCAACAUCUUUUCACCAGUCGCUGCGCUUGCCUCCUGCUUUGGCCGUUAGCUGGCUUUCCGAUCGUUUUUCCCAGUGCAUUGAUGUUCACGACCCGGCACAAAGGCAAGCUGUCGCUUUGGUCGCCCAACGUGGAUGGGACAUUGUCCUUUGUCCGCUUUUUGAUUUGGUCAAUCAUCACAACGGGGCGAAACUCAAUACAGAAUCAACGUCUGUCUAUGAUCCCAAUGGUUUCAAAGUGCGCGCAAGCAAAGCGAUUGAAGCUGGUGAGGAAGCCUACUCCACCUAUGACAAAUGCCUUGAUUGUGGAGACACUGCUGCCUACUGGGGAACCCCCGAAAUCUUUCGUGAGUAUGGGUUUGUAGAGAACUUCCCACAACGCUGGAUUUUUAAGCGUUCGAUUGGCUUUGAGCUCCAUUCUGCUAUAGUUGAUGGUGUCAAAUCAUAUGAAGUGACAUGGAUGCGGAAAAGCUACAAACCCAAGAAAAAAGACUUGGAGUUUCUAAGGGUGCGAUUUGAUCAAUUGAAGGAUGUACCCUUGCCAGAGAAGGACGAAUUGCCACCAUCAGAAUGGAAUGCCAUCAUGCAGUAUCGGGGUGCCCUGGAAGUAGCGCUCUCGGCAGCCAUGCAAGUCAUGGAGAGAACACUUGGCAGCAACAGUCAUGGCGGCAACAAGAAUGAUGAUUCGAAAAACUCACCCGACGUUGCUUGGGGCUGAUAAUUGCACGAUUUGUUGGCUUCUUCCCAUGACUAUAUCAAUCGUCUACUGAGUAUGUCUAUUUGCAAAAAGUGCUGAUGUAGUUGGGCUUAGUGUGUGUCAAAAGGCAUCUUCUGUGUUUUGGUGUACAGCGUGUUAGGAAGCCGUCGUCAUUGCAUGUCGUUGAUCAAUUUCAAACUCCUCUAGAAUCCAGCUUCCAUCCCUUUACUCAAUUCGAGUUGUUCAUUUCGUGAUGGGCUCCAAACUACCAAAAAAAGGGAAACUACCAAAAGAAGAAAAACCAAAAGAAGAAAAAGAUAAAACACUUGAAGUCUAUUAACCGAUUGAGUCAUUCAGACGAGAAGAGCUUGAGGACGACCCACAAGCCAUUGCCUAGGUGUUUCCCACAGUCAAAUCUGCUCACCGACCAAGCGAAACUACUUCAAAGAGAUCGAGGCAGUGUGUGAUGCAGUGUGUCUACAUGUACAGACACAGGGUUGCUUCGUUCUUGUGUCGUCGUGUCGUCGUGUCGUAUCGUCAAAGAGAUCGAGGCAGUGUGCUAGCAUGGUCCCGUUCCAAGGCUCCACAAGCUUGCACCAUCCUGACCAAACCAACUAGAUCUCCACCGGCACCCUCCUGCUCUUGGUUCAUCCCCGAGCUACACCAGCGCCCAAACCAGAGCAGAAAGAAGCAACUACUAGCCCCAAAAGGAAGAAAGAAAGAGGGUGCGGGAUGUUCGUCCGUCUGAUUUUGGGCAGUCAAACCUUGUAAUUCACGGGAACGGAUGGUACGUACGGAAGUCCGUAACAACUUUUGGGUCAAGAGGAGGGGAUCAUUUGGCUCCCGGAAGGCCUAGACAAGUCAGCAAGCACCUCCUAACACUGUAGUGAUGAGAUAUAUGGCAUAUAUCUAGUUUCGGAUGAAUCCAAAAAUUGGAAAAAAUUGCCAAAUUCCUUCGUUUGGUAGGCCCAAACACCCCGUUUGCGACAUUGAAUAUUUUUCAUCCAAAUCUGAAUCUGGCUUUGGUUGUUUCCAUGGUCAACAUGGGUCCAUGAGGGACUGUGUGUAUCAAAGCCGCUUGGUCGGAAGGCCUGGAACGGAGGCAUUUUGCCUUCCAAAAUUUGCUUAACGAGGUCAGUUGUGUAGGUUGAGAUAUUGAGUCGCAAGUCAGUUGUCAUUCACGGCUUUACGGAAUAUUUACGGAUAUUCAAAGUACAGCAAAUAAGC